GGCCCUUCGAAUCAAUCUACUUCUCUCCUUGCUGUCCACAGAUUGCAGCACGAGUUGAUUGAACGAAUGGAUUUAACUCCAGGGCCAGUUCGACUGAAAGAACUCAGCAAGCAAUGCAACAGAGAUGAUGGCCUGUAUAUCCCUUUGGUGUUAGGUGCGGGUAAAACACAGGCCAUUGUUCAUGCCAUGAUCUUCCAUCUUAUUGUUCCUUAUUUAUUUAGACUGUCAUGGGAAUAAUUGAAUGAGUUAGGCAGAAUGGUAUUUAGUUAGAAAAAUAUUACAAUUCAAUGUGUCAACGUAAAGAAUGAGAUGAGAUUAAGAAAAUCAGAUGAAAGGAGAUCGAGGUGAGAAGGAAACUACAAACAGUCCGAUCGGGUAGGGCCUAAUGACGGCUUGCUAUUAGCUGUAUGGAAAGCUAAGCUGAAAUAGAGCUUUCCAUAGAAGGCAGCAGUCUUAAUCACUUAACAACGGGAUUCUCUUUCCUUACUUACUAUCACUGCUAUAUAUAUACCUCCAAUUUCUCUUUUUCUGAAUCAUAUUCGAAAUAAUUCUCUCGUUCUUUUCAACACAACCAUGGCCAUGUAUGCCUCCUAUACACAUGCUGUUGCCUCUCUUUUACUUUGUGUGCUUGCAUUUGGUCUCUCUGUUAUGGGUCGACCCACCACUUUUCUUCAAGAUUUCAAAGCCACAUGGGCUGAUUACCAUAUCAAGCAGAUCGAUGGAGGGAGGGCCAUCCAACUCAUUCUGGACCAAAAUUCUGGAUGUGGGUUUGCUUCCAAGAGUCAGUACUUGUUCGGGCGUGUCAGCAUGAAGAUUAAGCUGGUUCCUGGAGACUCUGCUGGAACUGUCACUGCCUUUUAUAUGAAUUCAAACACGGAUUCAGUUCGUGACGAGCUGGACUUCGAGUUCCUGGGGAAUCGAACUGGGCAACCAUACACUGUCCAGACCAAUAUCUACGCUCAUGGGAAGGGAGAUAGGGAACAAAGAGUGAACCUUUGGUUCGAUCCUGCUGCUGAUUUCCACACUUACACAAUACUGUGGAACCACCGUCAUAUUGUCUUCUAUGUGGACGAUGUGCCGAUAAGGGUGUACAAGAACAAUGAAGCUAAAGGAAUUCCAUUCCCAAAGUUGCAGCCCAUGGGGGUCUAUUCCACUUUGUGGGAAGCCGAUGACUGGGCUACGAGAGGUGGGCUGGAGAAGAUUGAUUGGAGCAAAGCACCUUUCUAUGCUUAUUACAAGGACUUUGACAUUGAGGGAUGCCCUGUGCCAGGACCUACUACCUGUGCCUCCAACCCCAGAAACUGGUGGGAGGGAACCACUUAUCAAGCACUUAAUGCCCUUGAACUUAGGAAGUAUAGAUGGGUUCGUAUGAACCACAUGAUCUAUGAUUACUGUACCGACAAAUCGAGGUACCCAGUGACCCCGCCGGAGUGUUUCGCCGGCAUCUAAAUCUGCUUAACAAUCAAACCGGAAGUCCAUCCAUCCACCAACUGAUGAACCAUACUCCAUAUACUUUGUGUACGUACAUGUUCUUGUACGCUAGGUACGUUGUGUGAUAAAAGUCAUGCAUAUAAGAGGGGUGUAAAGGGGGAGUAGUUAUAUGAAUUAUUCUCGUGUAUAAAUGUCCAUGAAGGCUAAGCUCUGGGAUUGGGCAAGAGUCAAUUCCUGCAUGUGGGCUAUAUAAUUGCCUAUUUGUGUCUGUACUUGUUAGGCAUUUUCUGUGCCAAUAAAGCUUCUGAAUAAUUGUGAA